AUGACUAUUGAGAACCUCGACGGCGAGCAGCUUCGCCAGAAGUAUGCCGAGGAGCGCGAUAAGCGACUGCAGGCCCCAGCCGGGCGCAAGUUCAAGCGGCUUGAGCAGCCCGGCCACGUCGUCGACCUGCACCUGCCCGUGCAGCCGCGCGAGCCUGUUAAGGACAGCGUCGACUUUACGUUUGUCGGCGGUGGCUUCUCGGGCCUCAUCACGAGCGCGCGCGUCAAAGAGGCCGUGCCGAACGCCAACAUCCGCAUCCUCGACCAGGCGGGCGACUUUGGCGGCGUGUGGUACUGGAACCGGUACCCCGGCGCCAUGUGCGACACGGCAGCCAUGGUCUACAUGCCCCUGCUCGAAGAGACGGGCCACAUGCCGACGCGCAAGUACGCCAUGGGCCCCGAGAUCCACGAGCACACGCGCCGCAUCGGCCGCCACUACGACCUGUACAAGCAUGCCUUGUUCCACACUGCCGUGACUGCCGUGUCGUGGGACGCCGACCUCAAGCGCUGGCGCGUGCAGACGAACCGCGGAGACGACUUUACGACCAAGUACCUCACGGUCGGGACGGGCCCGCUCACCGUCGCGCAGCUGCCCGAUAUCCCCGGCAUCGACAGCUUCAAGGGCAAGGCGUUCCACACCUCGCGGUGGGAGUACGAGUUCACUGGUGGCGACCGGUCCGGCGCGCCGCUCACCGGCCUUGCGGACAAGCGCGUCGCCAUCAUUGGCACGGGCGCGACCGCCAUCCAGUGCAUCCCCGAGCUGGCAAAGUACGCCAAGGAGCUGCUCGUGUUCCAGCGCACGCCGUCGGCCGUCGAUAUCCGCAACAACCACGAUAUCGACCCCGAGUGGUUCAGCAAGGUAGCGGCCGAGCCCGGAUGGCAGCAGCGCUGGCUCGACAACUUUACGUCGAUCUGGGCGUUGACUGGUGGCCGACCUGCUGAGAUUAUGCAGAAGUACGACGACCUGGUGAAAGAUGGGUGGUCAGAGCUCGCGCUGCGCAUCCAGUCGGUUUUCUUGUCCCUCAAGCCCGAGGAGCGUAACCCCCAGGGCGUGAUGCUGGCCAUUGAGCGGAGCGACGACGAGACGACGAGCCGCAUCCGUGCGCGUGUCGACGAGGUGGUGACGGCCGACCCUGCCGCAGCCGAGGGACUCAAGGCAUGGUACCGCCAGCUGUGCAAGCGCCCUACCUUCCACGACGAGUACUUGCAGUGCUUCAACCGGCCUAAUGUUACUCUCAUCGACACGGACGGACAGGGCGUGGACCGAAUCACGCCGACGGGCCUGCACGCCCUCGGCAAGGACUAUGACGUCGACGUGAUCAUCUACGCGAGCGGGUUCGAGUUCCAGAACACGAGCUUCACCUCGCGUCUCGGAUUCGAGAUCACCGGACCGGAGGGGACACUCACCGACGCGUGGGCGGACGGGAUGCGCUCGCUGCACGGACGCCAGACGAAGGGCUUCCCCAACCUCUUCCUGACGCAACUUGCGCAGGCGGCACGCUUUGCAGCCAACGUGCCUGCCAACUUCCUCGAGUCGGCGCGCGCGAUUGCCGGAGUCGUCAAGUACAUGGAGGAGAACGGCAAGCAGACGAUCGACGUGAGCAAGGAGGCCGAGGACGCGUGGUUCGACCUCAUCGUGUCCGCCGCGCCUAGGGCGCAGCGCGACGAGUGCACGCCCGGCCACUACAACAACGAGGGCAAGAUCACGCUCGACAAGCCGAGCCCGAGCGGCAUGGGGUCCGGAUACCCGGGCGGACCCGUAGCCUUCUUCCAGCUCCAGCGGGACUGGACCAAGCGCGGGCUCGAGACGGGCGAGUUUGAGGGCACCGUCGUGGCGUAG